CGGGCGGAGCGGGGCCGGGCGGGCAGCAUGGAGAGCGGCGGCGCCUACGGAGCGGCCAAGGCCGGCGGCACCUUCGACCUGCGGCGCUUCCUGCAGCGGCCGCAGGUCCUGGUGCGGCUGCUGAGCGCGGUGUUCUCCCUCAUCGUGUUCUCCUGCAUCAUCAGUGAGGGGUACACCAACCCCCAUGACACCGAUCAGCUCCACUGCGUCUUCCACCGGAAUGAGGAUGCCUGCCGCUACGGCAUCGGCAUCGGCGUCCUCGGCUUCCUGGCCUGUGUCGCCUUCUUCACGAUCGAUAUCUACUUCCCCCAGAUCAGCAAUGCCACUGACCGUAAAUACUUGACCAUGGCAGACUUGGGCUUUUCAGCACUCUGGACUUUCCUAUGGUUCAUUGGCUUUUGCUUCUUGACCAACCAGUGGGCUAUGACGCUGCCGAGCGACGUGCAUGUGGGGGCUGACUCAGCCCGAGCUGCCAUUGCCUUCAGUUUCUUCUCCAUCUUCUCCUGGGGGUUCCUGAUCACCUUUGCUCUCCAGAGGUACAGAAUGGGAGUUGAGGACUUUACUAACAGCUACACUGAUCCCACCCCUGACCCUUCGACCCCCUACUCAAUUUACCCCAACGUCACUCACGACAACUACCAGCAGCCACCCUUCACCCAGACUGGAGAGACCUCAGAGGGCUACCAGCCCCCACCGGCGUACUGAGCCCUGUGCCACGGGCCAGCAGGGAUAACUGCACAAGUGCAAUUCAUCUGUGGGGUAGGGGCUGUAUCUUGACUGGGGGUGGGGGAUUGGUGGCUGCUUAGGGUGUGAGGGGCACCAGGGUUUUGAAGUUAGCAUGCUAAGGUAGAGGAAGAUUCCUGGUUCCUGGCAGAGCCCAGGGACUGAAUGCAGGGAGGAGGCUGUAUGCCCCCAGAGCUGCUUGCAGGCUCUGCCUUCCUGAAAAUCAAGUACUUGCUGACUGGGGGGUUCACCCUGGCCCCUCCCCAGCUGUGACAAUGGAGUGUGGG